AUGCCAAAGUUGCUUCUGCCAAAGUCAAAGAAAGGCCGCUACGCUGCUCUUAGCUACUGCUGGGGAGAAGUGCCCCAACCUUUCAAGACGACCAGCAAAACUGAGGAGGCAUACAUGAACGAGAUAGCUUGGUCGAAUCUGCCUCAGACAAUCACUGACGCCAUUACUGUGGCUCAACAUCUUCAGAUCCCUUAUCUUUGGGUCGACUCGAUGUGCAUUCUCCAGGACUCCAGAGCGGACAAAGAGCAAGAAAUCUCCAGACUGAGACAAUACUUUCGAGGAGCAUACGUGACGAUAAUUGCUGCUUGUGCAAAGUCUUCAACCGAAGGUUUCCUCGGUGUGCGCCCCAGUUAUAGCCCGAGGGUGCGCUUACCCUUGAAAGAAGUCGGGGACGGUACGCCACCUGCGACAGUGUCUAUUCGACUAGAUCGCUGUCAAUAUAGGCCGUCGGUGGAACCAACUACUAGCAGAGCCUGGACACUCGAAGAAGCGGUACUUUCACCUCGAUCGCUCAUCUUUGCCUCGAACACGCUGCAGUACAGCUGCGAGACUGGAACAUGGUACGCGCGCAGCAAAUUGUCGUAUGGUUCGAAGCAAUUACAUCCACUGACUUUGAGGAACGCCCUCAAGGGGCCGACAGCUGACUCGACGCACGGUGAAGAAGCGCUUGCAAGUAAACGCGUCUAUCUUCGAGUAGCAUGGCUGAGUUUAGUUUCCGAUUAUUCUAGCCGAAAAGUGACUAACGCUCAGGACAAAUUGGUCGCUUUGGCUGCGUUGGCGGAAGAGUUCGCAGUUGUCCUGAGCCAAUAUGACCCAUCUUUGAAUCCGAAGUAUCUCGCGGGAUUUUGGGAGCACGACCUUCUGAAGAGUCUCCUUUGGCAUACUGUGGAUACAACAAGAAGUUCUCGACCAACAAUGUAUCUUGGACCAACCUGGUCAUGGGCAUCGAUCAAUGGUCGAGUGCUUGGCAGUGCCGUGACCUCUUUGGCAUCAACAGUGCUCCCAUAUGGCCCGGUCACAGCAGGUGAGGUCAGGAUUGUCGGCCUUCUGAAGGAGCUGGUCGUCACUUCGAUGCAUGGGCAAAUUGAUAGGUACCAUUACCUGAAAUUGCUUGAUGCAUCACGGAAAGCGGAGGUAUCCGGUGGGCUAAUUCUCGACUCGCCUACCGACGACAUAGCACUCGCUGGGAGGCAAGAUGCGAACGUGGCUGCUUUGGCUUCGAUGCCAUCAACUCAAGAACAGGAAGAUUCCAAUAUACAGGGAUCUGAGGGCCCUGGGAACCAGGCUACCGAGGAUGAUAUCCAAGCCGUCUCAUCAGAGUCGCAAGAUCUUCAGACGGACGUCGAUGAGGACUUGCUGUCUUCGAACAGACAGCUGAAAGAGGAGGUUACCCAGCUCAAGAAAGAACGAGAUAAUUUCAAGCAAGAGGUUGACCAGCUUUUACAAGAGAGGAAAGACUUGCAGUCGAGUCUCGCUCAUACGCAAGACCAGUGCGCCAAAUUAGAAUCGGACCUGGAACAUCUGCAGACCAUCGAAGCAGGUCGGAGCAAUGAAAGCCAGCCGCAAAAGUCUACGAAUGACUAUCCUGAUGAGCUUGCCUCAAAAGCGCCAAGGGUCAGAAGAACUCGACUCCGUGCAAAUGCGGAAGAGAGUCAGGCAACAGCAAGACAUCAAUCGUGGUGA